UCGUUGUCGUUUAGAAAAUAGUUUCCAACCCUGGUGACAAAUGAAAUGUGGAUGAACUGAAAAAGCUUUGACGUGUCUCGCAUGUACUAUUGUGAAUUACACAUUUUUUCAAGUAUUGUACUAAAAUGGCAGGCGGAAAAGAAUCAGUGGAUAAUAAAAAGCCGGAAAUUAAAAUCGACAAAUGGGAUGGAUCGGCAGUAAAAAAUGCCCUUGACGACGCAGUAAAAGAUGUACUUAUUAAAAAAUACAAUUAUGUAGAAAAUUUUGCACUAAUGGAUGGAAGAUUAGCAUUAUGUGGUCUCGCAGUUAGUGUUGCUAUUGUAGCAUUAUUAUGGGACUUUUUCUAUCCAUUCCCAACGUCUAAGCCAGUUUUAGUAGCUUGCGUUUCCAUGUAUUUUGUUUUAAUGGGAAUUCUCACUCUCUAUAUAACGUAUAAGGAAAAAGGAAUAUUCGUUGUCGCUAUUCAAAGAGAUCCUGCGGGAUUUGAUCCUGAUGUGACUUGGGAAGCGAGUUCUUAUAUGAAAAAAUAUAAUGACAAAUAUAAUCUUGUGCUAUGCGCAAAAAGUGGCAACAAUACAUAUAAAAGUUCUACUGAAAGAUCGGUAGCAAAUUUCAUUGAUAUUAAUGGUGUCAUUAUUCCAGAAACAAUUGAAGCAGUUGUAAAAACAAUACACGACAGUCUUACUGUACAACGAAAAGAUAAAUAAAUAAUAAGAUUUUUUUGUUUUAUCAGAAACGAUAUUUCAAUAUAUAUUAAAAAAAGAACAUUCCAAUCUUUUAGAACCAAAUUUAAACAAAAUUUAUACAGUAAAGUUCACUUUUUUGGGAGUCAAAUAUUUUCAAUUAUUACAGAUUUAUAAUAUAUAUAUUACUAUAUCAUUGAUUGCAUUUAGUAGACUUUUUUUUUAACUUUUACUAGUUAAAGACUAACAAAAGUGAAUUUGAUUGUAUUAUAUUAUUUUACAAUAAAUAGAUAUAAAAGUAAAAUAUUUCACUUGGUUAAAUAAUGUAAAAUGAAAAGAUUGAAAAAUUUUACAUCUUAUAAUAAAAAAUGAGUCUUUUUAUGCUCAGCCUCAUGGAACUACGAAGCAUUUUUUAAGUUCUUUUGGUUUCUGAUUUUGUAAUUAAGUGUUGUGUGAUAAUUGAUCAUGUGAAUGAACUUAUAUUAAAAAAAAGUGUGAUGGAGAUAAAUUAGUAUUUUAUGCGGUUUGUUAUUGUAAGUAUGCAAAUGUUUGUCAAUUUUUGCCGUUUUUUUAUUGAAAUAUAAAUAUGAUUUAAAAUUAA